GAUCAUUUGCCACGAAUCAUCCACCCAUACACAACAACAAAGAAACAAAAAGGAAAGGAAAACGAAAUCAACGUAUAAAGACCCGCAUUUCCAUUUUCUUGAUAGUUUUCAGCGAAAAUUUCGUUUUCAGGAGAGCAACAACAAUUUGCAGGUUGGAGGGAGCACGAGAUUGUUAUGAGACUGAGGAUAUAGGCAUUGACAACUCUGGUGGGAUAGAAAGGAAAACAAUGAGAGAUGAAGAUUGAGCCCACGAAACUGAAUCCUCAAUCUUUUCGUAGAAACAGCGUCAAGAAUCGUAAUAUUGGCAAGAGAAUUUCAAGGAGAGGCUUCUGCAACCUCUCUGUUCCGCUCUUCAUCUCCUUUUGGUGUGUUGUUGUGUUGUUUCAUGCUAAACUUGGCCUUACUCGUGGAAAUGAAGAAAAUGGAUAUGAGAAUAUCACUGGUGGAGUUGUGAUGGAGCCCAACGUCUCUGAGAUUAUUAAUGAUUCUGCUUCACACGAGGGCCAUACAGAUUUGGAAGGUUUGUUCAUGGAAACAAGUGAAUCGGAGGAACUGAUAUCAGUUAUUUUAGUAUAUGAGUCGUAUAUGUGUCGAAUAGAUAGUGAAGAAGAUGGUAGAGAAAGUGAACCAGGACAGCAACAGAAUGGGAGGAUUCAGAUAACUUAUCCAAAUCUUGAUGAGUUCAAAUAUAUUUCUAGGCAAGAGAAAAGUGGUUCCCCUCGCCAGCUUGAAAACAUCACCCACAGGCUUGAGCCUGACGGGACGCCCUACAACUAUGCCUCAGCUGCAAAGGGUGCAAAAGUGGUCGAUCAUAACAAGGAAGCAAAAGGAACAAGCAACAUCCUGGGCAAGGAUCACGAUAAGUAUCUCAGGAAUCCCUGUUCUGUUGGGGGCAAGUAUUUUAUCAUUGAGCUUGUGGACGAAACUUUGGUUGAUGCUGUCAAAAUAGCAAAUUUCGAGCAUUACUCCUCUAAUUUCAAAGAUUUUGAGUUGUAUGGGACCUUAGUUUACCCAACUGAGACAUGGAACAAAUUGGGGUCCUUUGUCGCUGCAAAUAUCAAGCAAACACAAUGUUUUAAGCUGCCUGAGCCAAAAUGGGUCCGAUACCUGAAAGUGAAUUUGCUGAGUCAUUAUGGUUCCGAAUUCUACUGUACACUAAGUGUUGUGGAGGUGUAUGGAGUUGAUGCUGUUGAACAGAUGCUUGAGGAUCUUAUUGUUACUUCUAAGGAGUCUUCCACUAAUGGAUCGCCAAGUCCAAAUUCGACUGCAGUCCCUUCGUUACUACCUGAACCAGGUCCUAACAAUCCUAAAGUAGAUGAUGUUGCUCAUAAUGUUUCUGAGAGUGCCAGUAAAGGGGUGGGAAAUAUUGACGAGGGGCAAAAGCUUAGUUCAGAUAUUCUGAAGGGACCAAAGCCCGUAAGUAGCACAGCGGAUCCAAUGCUGAAGGCUAGGCAGCAUGCAGGUAACAGAUGGCAUGCUGAUGCAGCACUAAAGGUAGUGUUACAGAAGGUCAGAGCACUCGAACAGAACUUAUCCGUGCUGGAGGAGUACAUCAAAGAACUUAACAAAAGAAGGGGAGAUAUUUUGCCCGAGCUUGACAAAGAGCUGGCAAAAUUUUCCGUUCUUCUGGAGAAAAGUAAAUCAGAGAUGAGGGAUCUCUUGGAAUGGAAGGAAACCAUGGAGAAAGGAUUAUUUGAGCUUGAGUCAUGGAGAGCUCUCGUCUCAACCCAAAUGGAUCUCUUGGUCACACAAAAUAGCAUGCUGAGAGUAGAGGUUGAAAAGGUUCUACACGAUCAAGCAAGUUUGGCGAGCAAGGAGCUAGCUAUUCUAACAGUCACCCUUUCCUUCGCAUGCAUUGCCAUUCUCAAGAUUAUUUCAGGAAGGGUGGUGGAAUAUUUCCGCUCCCCAACAGCUGGUGCAGUUCCCUCAUCGAGCAGUGUAUGGACGUUAAUUCUCAUCUUCUGUAGCAUGACUAUGAUCAUACCAGUGAUUUAUGGUUAGUUGUUUCCUAACUGUGAGUCUUUAGAAGCAAUUCUUUGAGCAACAGCUAAUUGUAGGGAAGGUUUAGUCUGCAGUUUUAUGACAGAUUAUGUUGUUAUCAUGACCUAAUGGUGAACAUAUUACAACUAAUUCUCAGUACAACAUGUUUUGGGGUUGUAUCUGAGUUCCUGAGUGUAAUUUCUGUAUGCCAUUUACAAGAAUUGGAGGAAAUUCAUCGUAUAAAUGCCAUUCUUUGUUUGGAACAAACAGAACAUUUCUCGUCAGAUGAUUGUGUUUUCGAUGCAGACUGUUUUUAUAAGUGUCUCUGUAAACGAGAUAUGGUCCACGAACCAUUUUUUCGAAAAUUGAAAUGAGAAACGAGCUUUCCGGCAAUGAUAUCAAACUCAAAAAUUGACAAAUUCAUGACCUAAGCUCUUGUUCCUGUGAAAGAUAG